GUCGGGGGUUGGGAACUUGCAGGUGUCUUCCGCCAUAGCGAUCGAUAAGGUUGUCAUGGCAACUCCAAAAGGAAAUGAGAAACUAUACUUCUUGGCCUUAUUUCUUUAACGGAAUAGGAUGAAAUGGGGAUAAGCUAACUAGAUAGUCAUACAAGUUGAUCGAUUAUUGACUUGUAUGCAUCGAGCGAGUGCGGCGGCGUGUGUGGCGGCCGCCGAGCAGGCGCAGAGCACACUCCUCCCUGCACAGCGGGCACCAGCGGCGGCACGGCCAGGCGGCGGUAGGUUGCCUGCUGUUACUGCCACCACUCGCCACACCCACAAGCGGCGAAAAGACCAUUACUGAAGAUAACCACUAAGGAUGAGGCAGUCAGUCAGUGUGCAUAAGAACAAGCUUACUCACCCCUGGACUAUCUGUGUAACCUUAUAGCAAGAUGUGCAAUGCUUGUGAAAACUAACCUGCAUAUGCUUUCUGACAGUACUGUACUAACACAAUAACAUAAAAGUCAUGUAAAUCACCCUUGUGCCAUACUUCACAUUUCUAGUCUGCUCUAGUCUGACAACUUGCAACAAGGUGUGCCAUGUUCCCUGUGGGUGUGUAGAGGUGCCUGCUAGUCAUGGGGGAGCUGAUCAUUGAGUGCACCCUCUGUGGGUCUUCGUUUCGCUGCGAGAAAGAUUACGAUCAACACCCAUGUUUGGCGGACGAUGUCAAAGUCCCAUUCAGAAUAAAAGUAGAGCCACAGGAAAGCAGGGAAGAAGAGGAUGGGGGAGAAAUGGGAAAAAAGAAGCAGCAAGCCAAGGGAGAACAUCCGUCCACAUCAGAAGGGCAGCAGAGUGGUGAGAAAAGAGUACUCAGGAUAAAGGAUGAACCGAGUGACUACAUGGAUGUGCAGGAUGAGGACCCUAUUGGUUUACCAGAUGUGUUUGAGGGGAAUGACACAGAGAAUGAUGUUGGGACUCAGGCCCAGGAGGAAGAGGUAAAUGAGGGCUCCACAGAGGCCACUGAGGAGGCAGAGACCUUAGAGCCAAACACCAAGCUGAUAAAAGUCACUGAUGCCGUUUCCAUUCGCAAUGAGUGUGGCGUGUGUGGGAAGCGAUUUUUUAAGCGAGAGGAUUUCCUGAACCACACAACCAACUCCCACAAGAUUCCAAGACCUUACCAGUGCAAGGUGUGCAAGAAGAGAUUCACUCAGAAGCACUAUGUCACCCUUCACAUGCGGGUGCACACAGGAGAGCGUCCCUACAAGUGUAAGCUCUGCUCCAACAGCUACACCCACAAGACCAGCUUCACUAUACACAUGAGGAUACACAAUGGAGACAGGCCCUACAUCUGUGGCAUAUGUGGAAAGAAAUGUUACGAUAAGUCUGGCCUCACCAGCCACAUGCGUUCCCACACCAAGGAGACGCCGUAUGAGUGCGAGGUGUGUGGCCGCAGGUUUACACACUCCAAGAGUCUCUUGGUGCACCGCAGAAACCACACUGGUGAGAAGCCGUACAAGUGCCAGUACUGCGGCAAGUUGUUCCGGCACUGGCACAAGCACAAGAUCCACAUCCGCCUGCACACGGGGGAGCGGCCAUACAAGUGUGAGGUGUGCGGCAAGGGGUUCCCGCGCAACGAUGAGGUGAAGCGACACAUGAGGAGCCACCAGGGAAUUAAAUCUUUCAAGUGUUCCAUCUGUGGUGUUUAUUGUGCCACCCAGGCCAGCAUCACGGGUCACAUUGAUCUCCAUCACGCAGACCUCAGGCAGAUCCCCCUCAAUGCUCCGGAAAAGACUGUUGUGAAAAACAGCAAUAGUGGAAUUCUGGGAACCAAAGCACCUCAGCCGCGCACUAUUUACAAACCUAUAAUAAAUCCAACUAUGUCCAUCCAGUGCAACAACUCCCAGGCGAGUGGCACACAGACACCCACCCUCACAGCUGCCUCCCACAAUAAGUCCGCCAUUUCAAAGGGCACUGGCAAAAAGCUAGGGAAGCAUGCACAAAAACAGGUAGAUAGCAUGAAGCAAGGAAAAGAAGGUGAAAAAACAAAAGUACUCAGUUACAAAGAAUUUAUUGAACUCCAAGAAAAAUUGCUGUUGUGCAAGGGUUUGUCUGUGAAAAAUUCUCAGCCAAGUGUUGCUGCUAAACCUAAUAACAGCAAAGUUGGCACUCAAGGAAAACUUCCAAACAUCAGAAUCCGUCAGCCUAACACAGACGUCAGUAUGAGCCAGGCAGAAGCCACUCAGGGGAAGCAACAGCAAAUAGUGUUUUUGUCACCAGCGAACAACCCUAAAGGAGAGGGUCUGAGACUUAUGGUGCCUCAGGCAAUGGGAGCCAACAAGCAGGUUAUCUUUGCCACCCCCACAGGUACCACCUUGCCCACACAAGCUGCCCCUAACACCAUUGGGGGCCAACAGAUAGUCCUGGGUCAACAGUCUGUCAUUCUGCCUCAGGGACAACUUGGGGGAGGACAACAGAUACUCUUGCUCUCCAAGCCCGGUGCUCAGCAGAACUCCUUGAUGCUCUCCCAACCCUUGCUGCUGCUGUCUGGUGCCAACAACCAGCGCAUGGUCCUCUUGCCCUCCAAGACUGCUCCAGGGACCAACGCCUCCAACCUCCAGACAAUACUCAUCCCCUCCUCCCUCAACACCUUCUCCACAGCCACCAACAAUACCACCACCACCACCACCACUGCCACCCACAUCACACCAACACCCAGCGUGGUGGUGAAGCAGGAGCCCGGAGAGCCGCCAUCCCCUUCACCACCACCAUCACCACCCUCCCCCAUCAAGAACAUUGUCCCCAAGGUUGUGAUAAAGGAGGAGCCGGGAGUGCUUCCACCACUAACCCCCAUCAUCAAGCAGGAGCCGCCCGAUGACUUCCCCUCCGCCAGUGAUAACUUCUGCAACAUAAGGAUAAAGCAGGAACCACUGGAUUAGCAAGUUCUGUUGGCAGCACCUUGGUUGAAUGCCAGUCUCUUCACCCUUUUUGUGUACAUAAGAUUUAAGAAAAGGUUUUAUUUUUGGCAUUACUUGAGGCUUUGCUUUCUAAAGGUGAUCACAGAGAAGUCAGGCAGAAAUCAAACUAGUCAUGUAUUUAUUGGAGCUGCAUUGCAGAUUCAGUUAUCUCUGGCCUGGAUCGUAUAUCAUGCACGUGAGACCAGAAACCAUUUUCCAUAAUUUUCCAUCUAGUCUGGUGUUUGAAAUUUGUAGCUCAAGUAGAAUUUUGAACACUCUCAGUGACCCAGUGGGACUUGUUCAAGGCAAUGGUGUUAUUUUCAUGGUCAUGACAUAUUUGUACUUAUACUUUCAUAGCUUAGCUGUGAGGAUAAACUGUUCGCUAGAAGUGAAGGACCAGUGGAUUAUGAAUGAAUUAUUUCUCAUAAGUUGAUUAUAAAUUUAAUGGUAGCUGAGUUAUAUAUGGUGAAUAUAUAUAUUAAUCUUUAUUUAUUGAGUGCGGUACUUAUUUAUGGUAAUGGAUGUACUUAAGAUUGAUUUGGCUAGUCAUUGUAACAUAUACAUAUAUGGAGGUGUACUUAAUGGUAUAUCUAAGGAGUAUUUAUAAUGUGAUGAGUGGAAUAGAUAUUUAUUAUAUUAAUUUAUAUUGAUGAUAAAUGCAUAAUGAAUGAGUGGCACUAUUUUAUAUAUAUGUUGUCGUGCAAGUUUUUAGUUUUUUCUGACACUUGCAACAUUUGUGGAAUUCCCAAGUGCAUAUUAUGAAAAGACUGAUAGAUUUUAUCAACUUCCUGUAAUUCUUGAAGUUCUAGAACUAAGACAGUGUGGCCUGUACGAUAUCCUCGUUUAUAACUCUCAUCGCUCCCUUCACUGUGACUGCCAUUCCCCUUGGACAGAUGACCCAUACACACAUUAUGUAACAGCAUGCUUCAGCAGAGCAAGAUAAGGAGCAAUUACCUCCUUCAUUGCCCUCAUUCACCAUUUUUGUAAGUGCCAGAUAUAUUUGCAUCUUCCAUGUGUAAGACAUUCAAUCAUUCACUCAGCAUAGACUUCCUUCAUCUGUUGCAAGGGAAUGCUGCACAGAUUGUUGAUUGAGCCCUCUAGAAUCACAAGGAAGCAAGCACCACUGCACCCCAAAUAGUGAUUCUGCCAACAAUGGCCUCUGUUAAGUAUCCUCUUGUGUUGUUAUGUGCGACUUGAGGCAUUAUAAUUAUCAAACAGGAUCCAAAACUGUUACAUAACAAACUCUUAGGAUGUAUAGAUGAGCCAAACUUUUAUCAAAUUUCCUUGCUUUUUUAAAUUGGUGCUUUCAAAAUUUGUGAUUCUAGAGGGCCAAUUUGAUGUAUGUAGUUGUGUGCGUGUGUGACGAGACGUAAACCCAUCCUGGACUGUGUUGACUUUAAUCUACAUUCCUCAGUGAUCUGUUAUGUACCUUGUUCCAUUUUACCUUAUCAGCCUCACCUCUGCUGGGAUGGAGGUGCCAAGACACCUGAGGUUACCAUAUCUUUUUGGAAUUAUUUAAAGGCAGUCGCUCGUGCUAGCAAUCCUACUGGAGAGUGUCCCGGUGAUGUUUAAUAUGCUCUUAUCAUAUAUAUUUUUUAUUGUGUUCAGAGAAUGUUUUCUGCAUCAUUAUUUGUGCCCAAAAUAUGCUGACUGAGAUUGUUUUGUGAGUUAAGUAAUUUGUUCUAUCUCUCAAAGACAGCAGCAAUAGCCCCUUGUCAUUCAGUGACCAUUCCAGGAAGGGGCAGGGCUUAGGAGGCAAGUUAGCUUCCAGUGACUGAAGUAACAGUGUAAGAAAUGACAGCAGAGCAUGUAAUGAAGAUCAGUCUUGGUUCAUAGUGAUGUACAAAGUAUAAAGAACACAUAACACUUGAGAAAGCAUGAUGUGGACUUGGUAUAAAUUUUUGACAGGGAGCUUCACAUGAAUGUAUAUGUGGAGAUGGAGGGAAGUUUCUUGAUUUAAGUACUUGUGUGAGCACAUAUAGCAUGUAACUGUGGGCCAGGCUGCACCAUAGUCAAAAAGAGAACAAGGUAGUCAUUUUAUUUUAGAUUCCUUUUUUCGUGUGUUUACUUGUGGGCAGUUUUCACAUUAUGACAGGCGAUGUCUUGGUUUAAUUUCUUUGAUGCCCUGGCGGCUGAUUGGAAUUCUUGUCACUUCUUACAUUUUUUUUAAGGAGUGUGACAAACUUGUCUUGGGUAGCUGGAGCUGUGCCAUAAAGCUGCCUGAUAAUGCUAUGGUUUCACUUAGGAAAGACAUUUUAUGGUACUAAUUGUAAGUAUGGAUUUUAUUAUUAGAGGAUUGUCCAGACGGCGGUGAAUCUGCUGCUGGCAUACAGCUUCUCAGUGGUCCUUCACAGGCCACUUGGCUCUUAGUUUAGGAGACAGAGGAGUUUCAGUCCCUCAAAGAGUAUGUUUUCUGUACUUAUGUGUAUUUAAGGAAAAAAAGGAAUUUUAUUUAUUGUGGAGUAUGUAAAUUCAUAAUAUUAUUUAAAGCAAACUGUACAAUGGAUGUGUUCUCAUGGUUGUGGUGCCAUGUUGCUGACGCUGCUGUGACGGAAGCUGUUGGCGGGGGCAGUGUGAUUAUUUUAGUUGACUAAAAGACAGGUUAUCAGUACCUCCUCAAGAUGUAACUUUAUUUAAUGAAAGUACAAGUUAGUAUCAUGUGUUAGGAGAGAGAGAGAGAGAGAGAGAGAACAAAUUUUUUUUUGCAUUCCAACUUGCUAACAGUGCAAUAUAUUGAGUGUCAUGUUUCAAGGUUGGUUUUUCAUUGUGUUGUGCAAUUUCUUGAUUUUGUCCCUGGGAGUUUUGUUUUAUGUGUUACCAAGACGUCUUGUGAAGUGACAUGAUUCACAUUGAAUUCGUUAUACAUCAGCGUGCACCUUCUAUCUUCAGAUACUCACAAACAACAUAUAAACUCAUGUUUCUAAGAUUCAUUUCCCCCGUCUCUUUGUACAUGUUGAUAUGUUUAUUAAUAGGUAAUUAUUUCUGUAUUUUUUGUGCAUUGCUCUCCAGAUAAUGAUUUACACUUUUGUAUAUGGCCAGGCAGUGACUCGAAGUCCUGCUGAAGGUAUACACACACAUGUAACGAUGUCCCAAGACUCUUGCUCUCGGUAACCUUCCUCAUCUGUGCCUCCCACACUGUACAACAAACUCAGACAUUCCAAAAUUCUGUGAAGACUAUUCCAAAACUUAUUUUAUGUACGUGUGGUAAAGAAAAAUUACUAUUGUAGUUUCAGUUUUUAAUGAAAUUUCUUGAAUUA